CCCCAAUAUGCUAUCUCUUUUCUUUAUUCAUCAAUUUUCUUUUUCCCAUUUUAAUCUGGGAUAAUUGCUUUACUUUACAUCUUUAUAGGCGUUUUAUUGAAAUUGCUGGUUCUGUUAAUUUGGGCAAUACGUUCAGUGUUGUUUUACUUGGAAUUUUUACACUAUUCGUUUCCCCCAUUUUCUUGUAAUGCUUGUUAUUAUUGUUUUCGCUUCCCCCCCUUAUCUUUCUUUUUAAUUGUUUCUUGUUUCUUUAACUCUAUAGUUUAGUAACGUCUCACCCUUCAGUCCCCAUGUAUUCCCCCCAAAAUGAGUCUGAACGGUGUUGCUGUGGAAUCCUCAAACACACUCUUAUUUUCUCUCUUUUUCUUUCAAUUCAUAUUGAAUCCGUGCACGGUAUUUAUUCAUCUGAUUUGAAUUUAUUAAUUGGAGAGUCCAUUGUAAAGACGAAUAUGCUAUCUGUAUAGUUCACUAUUUAUAUAUAUAUUUUUUUACUUUUUAAAUUUACCUACCGAUCAUACCUUAUGGAAUCUCAAAUAUAAGUAUAUACCAGUAAUUUGACUACAUUCUUUCAAACAGAAUAUCUAAAUUUAGCCCUUGUUUGAUUUUGGAUUUUUCAAAAUCACUUUUCCUCAAAACUCAUUCUCAACCACAUGUUCUCCCAAUAAAAUAAUUUUGCACAUGGAUCCAUAAUUUUCCCUAUUUUUAAACUCUACAUUCUCCAUGAAGAAUUAGUUCUGAAAAAAUAAAAAUCAAACUAGGGCUUAGUUUUAUUUUGUGAAACUGGUUUUGACUUUUUUUGGUGUCGUUGUCUAUGCCAUGGAUUGGUAUUAUUGCAUGAAACUAAUUCAUGGAGCUCACUUGAGAUUGAUACUCUUCUGAGAUUGGAAGUUCUAUGUAAGAAUGAACAUAUGGCUGCAUCUAUUAUCUGAUAAACAGACUCGAGUGAAGAAGAAUAUUAUGAUACAUUAUCAUCCAUUAAGUAUCCCACUUUCAUUCUGCGAGAUGAUGUUUUUAUAGUGUCUUCCAUAUUUAUUUGACCACUUUUAUUUGACCACUUCAAAGUUGGGGUAUUUAUUACUACUGCAAGCAAAAAACAAAAAGUUAAGCAAUAACUUAGAAGUAGGGACAUACAGCAUGACCUCCAGCCAACGGAAAAUCAAAGUAGUCAAAAUAACCUCUCUAACAGACAGGAAUCUGAAGAGAAAAACUUUUUCAUUUAUUUAUUUAGCUUCUUAGGAACUAGGAUUUUAAUCUCAGUACAUUUGAGCAUUUGUUAUAUUUUUGUAGAUUUUGCAACUUGGUUUUCUGCUUUGGAGUGUUUACAUCUUCUUACAGGAAUUAAAUUGAUUGCUUCUAGAUGUACUAGAUCGAACAUGGGCAGUCUUAAGUAGAUUGUAUAUUUUGCUAUUGACAGAUCUCUACGCUUGAAGUUUCAGUUUUCUCAGCAAAGGAAGAGGCCUCUUGAUUCAGAUCAAGUUAGAAAAUGUUAUAUUGAGACUUCUUGUUAAAUAGUUAUUUUAGUUAACAUGGCAGCCGAUCAGCAUAAAAAGCGGAUAAAUGCUACCAGCUUCGUUGGAUAUACUUCUCGCCAACUACACCGGGUAAAAAGGAAGAAGAUGGGAUCAAAACAGUAUGAUCUGAACAUGAGAGCUAACAUCUUUCUUGAGUGGGAUAACAAGAAAAAGAGUGUUGUUUCCAAGAGGGAACAGAUUGGCAUUGCUCAAAGACACUUAAUUCCGUUUAUGGAGGCAGGUGCUCGUGGCCAUAUCUUUUUGGCUGAUGUAAUUUCUGUUCCUCAGGAGAUAUUUGAGUUGGAAAGUCUAUCGGAGGUGUUCUCAUAUGAGGUCUGGCAGAACCUUUUAUCUGAAGAUGAACGAAGUCUUCUAUCGCAAUUUCUACCUAAAGGUGCUGAGUCAGAUAAUAUUGUUCAAGACUUGCUUGCUGGGAUUAAUUUCCACUUUGGAAAUCCUUUCAAGAAAUGGGGCUCAUCUCUUUGUUUUGGGAAACUUCAUCCUGAUAACAUUAUUCAUGAGGAACAGUCUCGCAAGACCAGUAAGAAGGCAUACUAUUCAGACUUGCAGAAGUAUCAUGAUAACAUGAUUGGGAAUUUGCGGACGUGGAAGGAAAUUUUGGCCACCUGCAAGGAUCCUGAGGACGUUGUGCAGAGAAUUUGGAGGGAAAGGAAGCAUGCUGACGAAGGCAUGCCAACGUCUGAGACUGGAUUCUAUGACACUGAAGAACACCUUGAUGCAACACCUGACUCAUGUUCUUGGGCUACUUCUGAUAAAGCAUACAGCAGUGACAAUCAGAACUUGGUGGUGAUGCUUGAAAAAUCUAAAAAGAGACAAGGCUUCUUGGACAAAAAUCAUGAUUCUUCCAAUGGCUUAAAGGCUGUUGAACGGCCCAAAAAGGGAGAAAAGCUCCAAAACCGCAAUAUACAGCAUGGUGAUGGUGCCAAAUAUAUGUCUUACAUCAAGGUCAGCAAAGAACAGCAUCAGCGGGUCAAGAGUAGUAUGAAGCAUUCUAGUAAUAGCAUUAAGCCUAUGUCUCUGAAUAACGUUUUAGGUAGCAUUGACGUACUCCGUGUACAACCGUUCGAGGUAUUUGAGGAGGAAGAAAGAAAGAAGCUGCAUUAUUAUUGGUUGGAAUUGGCAAAUAAAAAUGUCCCCGAAGGUUUCGGUAUCUGGAGGAAGAGACAAUUACUGAGACAACAGUUAGCACAGUCCUUGGGUCAAGAAAUGAGACAAAAAUUAAAAUUUCAAGAGUCUACUCUGGAUACUCUGGAUGAAGAGAAAGAUGAUUCUCAUGAGAAGCAACAUGAGCCAGCAGAUGAUAGCGAAGAAGAAAUUAUACCUGCAAUGACAGUUGAGGAUGAGGAGAAAGAGGGCUGCUUACUUCAGGGGCCAAUAGAUAAUGGAGAAGCAAACUGCGAUAUGGCUGUGACUGCCGAGGUUGACGAGGAAAAGACUGAUUAUGUAUUUGAUGAUCAAACACCUAAAGAUACAGAACUUUCUGAAGAUGAUAAAGAUGACUCCAGCCAUGUUUUUAUUCAGGAUCAGCAUCAACAGCAGCAGUUGGAUUCGCCUAAUGAUGGUAGCUUCCAGUUCAACUCAAUAGAGAUGGAAUCCUUUGGAAAUGAUGUAAUUGCGAAGACAGAUGAAGUUCCUUCAAUAAUGUCAGAGUACCCUGGAAAUCGGAACCAUGUGGAUGUUCCUGUCAGCCAGCAGGAUCCUCACCCAACUACGAGGAAUGUUUGGACAGCAGGUAACAUGCACGGCUCUUAUUAUUGUUCCACUUCUGCAAGUGAUGAAUAUGCCUCUGCUGGUGAGUUGUCACUUGGCCAUCCGCAGUUUGUAGAGGAGCAACCAGUACAAAUGAUAGAUUUGGAAGCAAUGAGGAGGAAUCAGGAUGUAGGGAAGAAUUCAUUGCACAGACAACCUGAUGAUGUGUCAUUUUUUACUUCUUACCCAAACAAAGCUCGAAAUGAACUACUUCAGUCUUUCUUCAAGAAUCAGGGCAGUUUACCGAGCCAUCAAGAGCAAAAACAGCUGGGGUUAGAUUUUAGGCCAGCGCCCAAUCUAAUGAUGGAGGGUGGUCAAUCUUCUGGGCAUUUCAGGGAACAGGUUUAUCCGUCACUUACCUUGGACCCCAGGCAGAAGAGACUGAAUGAUCUUUACUUGCCUCAGAACAUUCAGGAGAGUGUGUAUUGUGAUGGAGGUCGAUAUUCUAUGCCGAAGCAAGAGCACUUGACAGUCAAUAUUCAUGAUUGGGCUCCUCUAUCUCAUAUGAAUGGAGACCUUAGUCAAAAUUGGUUUCAAAGUGAGCAUGGCUGGUCGAUGGGGGCUGGUGGUGGGACCCAUGGCAUAGGCAGUGGAAGUAACUCGGAUCAGACCUUAUACUGUGUCGUAUCAGAAUGUAAUGAACUGCGUCCUAGUGCCACUUAUGAUCCAGUGGGGUCCGCAGAACGAUUCAUUGUGCCUGGAAAUGGUAGUGGAAUUCCAUCAAGCAGCAAUGUGUUGCAACAAUCUGCUAAUUCACUCAACUACUUGAGCAGCCAUGACACUGUCACUGGCAUCAAAACCAACAAUACUGGAUGGAUGGGAAUGACACAUCAGAAUUCUGGAGUUCAAGAGUCUAUGGGGAAACCGUUCUCAAGAUCGUGGAAUCAAUAAUGAUUCUCAUUUGUGGUAAUUUAGAUGUGUUUCCCCUUUUUUCCUGCUGAAUAUGGGUGGUCAAAGUAUGAACGAUGUCUCUUUGUACAAUACACACGUAUAUAAGUAGACUUUUAUACUACGAAAGAUAUGUUUGCA